AGCGUCGCGAAAACGCCUCCUUUCGCCGGCGACACGAGGCGUCGGCAGUGGCCGGCUGGCGUCCGCAAUUGGGCCGGAGCGAAGUCGAGAACGUGCCUACUCGCUUUUCCAUGUCAACGACACGCGCGCUCCUACCAAGGCCAGCAGCAAGCUACGCCCCCCGCGUCGUCGUCGUUGCUGCUGUUGGUAGGUUUUCAUCGUUGUCGUGCACGUCGCGCUCGCGCUACUGGGAGAUUCCGACGAGGGUCGCCGACGGCAUCGAACGUGGGGAGUCGCGGCGGCGGAGGAGGAGGAGGACGACGUGUGGUCGUGUCGGCGUCGCUCCUGCCAGCCUGAGAUGAGCGACCAUGGCUGCAUACAUUUGAAUAAUUUCAAAGCGGCUAAGGGUAUCCAGCCCUACAAAGUGAUACACGCGUACUUCGUGACCAGCACAUCGACCGAAGCACGCGUCAGGAAGGCUGUGAGCUGUUUAUGUCAUACAUGUAAUACUUACAAAGACCGCCUACAUUCUUGUCUUCAUUGUAUAUUUUUUGGCUGCUAUGUGAAAGGUCACAUACAAGAACAUGCGAAAACGAAGAAACAUUUUUUAGCCGUCGACUUAUGUUAUGGGAAUAUUUUGUGCUUCCAAUGUGGCGACUACGUAUACGACAGAGAAUUGCUGGCAGUGGCAAAGGCGCAAUGGAGUGCUUCAGCAAAAUCCCUGAGUUUUGGGGAAUUUUAUCGAGCAUGGGAACCAACGCAGAUAGAGACCGAGCUAUUGAGGAAGCAUCCGCGUCGAAGACGUGUCGCAGAAAACUCUACCAUAGGUUUAAGAGGGUUAAUCAAUCUUGGCAGCACUUGCUUUAUGAAUUGCAUCGUACAAGCGUUGAUCCAUACUCCGUUGUUACGGGACUACUUUCUUGCUGACCGUCACCACUGCCCGCAACCGACUCGCUGCCUGGUCUGCGAGGUAUCCCAUUUGUUCCAGGAGUUCUACUCCGGCAGCAAAGCACCGCUGACACUUCACAAGCUCCUUCAUUUAAUUUGGACACAUGCCAGGCACUUGGCUGGUUAUGAGCAGCAGGAUGCUCAUGAAUUCUUCAUCGCGACGUUGGACGUCCUUCACAGACAUUGCGAAGCUGCUCCAAUACUGGUCAAGGAUAAUCCUCAUCAUUGUAAUUGCAUCAUCGAUCAAAUAUUUACAGGGGGCCUUCAAAGCGACGUUGUUUGCCAGGCUUGCAAUGGAGUGUCAACCACAAUAGAUCCGUUUUGGGAUAUAUCUUUGGAUCUGGGCCCGGCGGCUGGUGCUUCCGGUUCUGAUGCGUCCGGCCCUCCCACCUCCCUGUUAGAUUGUCUGGAGAGAUUUACCAGAGCCGAGCAUCUGGGUUCCACUGCGAAGAUCAAGUGUAGUAAUUGCCAGACCUAUCAAGAGAGCACGAAACAACUGACGAUGAAGCAAUUGCCCAUUGUGGCGAGCUUCCAUCUGAAACGUUUCGAGCAUUCCAGCAUUCAAGAUAAAAAGAUCUCCACUUUCAUCUCGUUCCCGGAACAACUGGAUAUGACGCCAUUUAUGUCGCAUAAGCGCAAUGGCAAUAACAAUAGCGCCAUGGUAGAUGGCUUGUCAAAAAAUGGAGAAGAUAUGACCUUCAGUGACAACAGGUACUCUCUCUUUGCCGUGAUAAAUCAUGAGGGCUCCUUGGAGACGGGACAUUACACCGCCUUCAUCAGGCAACAGAGGGAUCAAUGGUUCAAGUGCGAUGAUCAUUUAAUCACGCGAGCUAGACUGAAGGAUGUUUUAACCAGUGAGGGAUACCUUCUAUUUUAUCAUAAACAAAUCUUGGAAUAUGGCCGGAACAGUAAGGCGUGAAAGAAAGAGAGAAAGGGAGAGCGAGAGGAAAAUGUAUGCAUGCGCGCAAGAGAGAAAGAUUUAAGUCAUAUAAUUAAUUUAUUUAACAAAGAGUUAAUAAUUGAUGCUGCAGUUAGACGUCGGUGACGCUUUACGUUUGCCGGAAAUGAAUUUAUUGUCGCCGUCGCUUUUUGAUUUUCGCCGGCGCCUUUUGUGUUCGAUGGGGUAAGCCGACUGACUGCCCGAUCGACAUCUUUGUAUGUCAUGAACGUAACGUAAGCGUAGGUGUUAAGAUUAGCUCAAUUUUUUUAAAUCGACCGAUUGCAAUUUUUGUAUAUCGCUGACUGUUGUUAUACUCCUGCCGUGACACUUGUAUACACGAUACGCUAGGGAUGGACCUUUUGUACGAUUCUUCUACUUAGUUCCUGCACAUGCCAGCAGAAUAUUGAUGUUGCCGAUCUCUGAAAUGUUCCAGCAAACGCAUAAUAUCUAAUCAUUUACCAAAUAUCGAACUUUUUAGUGUGUGUGUAUGUGUGUGUGUAUGUAUAU